AUGGUCAGCGGUUCGAAUGUUGCUCCCUAUGCUGUGAUGGAGGGUAUCAACGGCUGUGCAAAGCCAAGUGGCUUGAUCCCGGUGUAUUCCUAUGUCUGCAAUCAUGCAUUUCUCAUUCUCACUUCCAAACACUCCUCCAACGACUUUCCCAACACCUUUGAAACCUCUACCAAUUCCUUUUAUAAAACUUCCAAAACCUUGAGAAACGCUGAAAUAGAACACCCGAACGAGGCUGGAAUUGGAGGAGUGCACCAAGAUGCAACACUCAGCAUGAGUAAAGCAUGCGCUGGUAUCAUUCGCCUGGUAUCAAGUCUUAAUUUCUCCUCAUUUUUACAAUAA